AUGCAUCGGUCUUCUCGUAUAGGUGAAUUGAUUUUUGACCCUGAAGUAGAGAAGACCGUGCGUAGAACGAGAAAAGAAACCAGACAGCUCAGAGAGGAGCAGUCCAGUGUUGCAUCUCAAGGACUUGAGCCAGAGGUUGAGUCAAUGGAUUUGCGUGGUGAUAACUCAAGUGAUUCAGACCAAGAGGAAGUCACCAUGACGAAUGCACAAAUACUAAGGGAGUUGGCUGCUCCCAAUUUAAAUCAGCAACCUCUAUGCAUUACUUUCCCAAGUUUAAAUGAUAACACUCCAUUUGAAUUAAAAUCUGGUCUAAUUCAUCUUUUGCCAUCAUUCCAUGGUUUACCAGGUGAGGAGCGGUAUAAACACCUGCAAGAGUUUGAUGUAGUUUGCAACAGCAUGAAGCCCCCAGGUAUUAUAAAAGAGCAGAUAAAAAUGAGGGCAUUCCCCUUCUCCUUGAAGGACUCUGCAAAAGACUGGUUGUACUACCUACCCCCAGCAUGGGAGCUAAUUGAGGGAAUAGUCGAGAAUUCGCAACAGUUUGGUACGAGAGAGGAUGUCCCGAUACGCAAGGUAAAUGAGGUAGAUACAUCUUCUAUCCAGCAGCAGUUGACGAAGUUAACCUCGUUUGUUAGGCAACUGGCUGUAGGAAAUGCAUCUCAGGCCAAGGUGUGUGGAAUUUGUACUACGAUGGGCCAUUCUACAGAUAUGUGCCCGAUGAUUCAGGAAGAAAGUGCAGAGCAAAAUGUAAGUGCAAUGACCUUAAGGAGUGGGAAGGAAAUUCAGGGGUCCGAACUCACGAUUUCCAAAGACAAAGAUGAGGAAAGGAUCGAUAAUGAGCUUGAGAAGGAGGACAACAAUGGCACAAAUCAAAAGGUACUCCCUGAUCCAGUCAUUACAGUUAGAACUAACCCGCCUCCCUUUCCUAACAGGUUGGAGAAACCGAGGAAGCAGGAUAAGGAGAAGGAGAUCCUAGAGGUGUUCCGCAAGGUAGAGAUCAAUAUUCCCCUGUUAGAUGCCAUCAAGCAAGUGCCGAAGUAUGCAAAGUUUUUGAGGGACCUAUGUGUCAACCGACAGCAGCUGAAAGGGGAUGAAAGGGUCAUUGUGGGGGAGAAUGUGUCAGCAGUUCUCCAAAGGAAGUUUCCACCGAAGUGCGGGGAUCUAGGUAGGUUUACUGUCCCAUGUACAAUAGGUAAUACUUUGAUUAAGAAUACCCUGCUGGACUUAGGAGCAUCGAUCAACGUAAUGCCUAAAUCUAUGUAUGCUUCUCUGAAUCUCGGUCCAUUAAAAGAAAUUGAAAUAAUAAUCCAAUUAGCUAACCGAACAAAUGCAUACCCUGAUGGGUUGGUUAAGGAUGUGCUGGUUAAAAUUAAUGAAUUGAUAUUCCCGGCUGACUUUUAUGUACUUGAUAUGGAUGAUGACCAUUCUCUCGACCCUUCAUCUUUGCUAUAA